AUGUCUUCCUCUCUCAAACGCAGACGACUUGAUGAAGAUCAGGGCGACGACGACCGUAACCAUCCACCGUAUCAACAGGAGGCGCUGAUCUGUGUCAGUUGUGAACGUGAGCCGCAUGAGGGUGACUGCAGCGAGACAUGCCCAAACUGCGACAGACGACACCGCGGGAAGUGCACAGCCUUCUGUCGUCGAUGCGCCGGAAUAGGUCAUAAAUGGCUGCAUUGCCCCUCCUACCCUCCCAUUCCAAAGCGACCAAGAAGAAACAGGCGCAGAAACCGGAGACCAAAUACCUACAUCGGCCGGGUGAUGGUCAACGUUCCCGUCGUCAACGAGAGGCCAAUUACCUCUCCGGAGGCCCUGAAUGACGCGAUAUUGGCCCAGAUGCGGGUUGCACUUCGUGAGUUGGAAUACCAGGGCGUCCCCAUGCCAGCACGUGUCAUCAUGUCAAAUGUCAACAUAUCAACCAACCUGAUCACUCGUGGUGUUGCAGACCAAGCCCCUGCCGCGGAUUCCUCUCUCCUUGACCGUGUUCAACGUGCCACUCGAGUCCCACGACCCACCCACCCAACUCACCCAACCUCUCGACCAGACACUUUCCAGCAUACCACGAGUCAAAGCUUUGUGUCCCAAUCGCAGUCCCAGUCCCAGUCGCAUUUUGACUUUACCCAGACUGAGUUUGCUCGGCCCACUUCGUCCACUCAUACGUUCGGCCGCCCCUCCUUCCAAUUCGGCAAGUUCACUUUCAGUCCCUCUAGCCCCAAUCGCCAAAUUCCGGGUUGGCCUCGUCGCCGCAAUGAUUAA